ACUCAAUUCCUUUGCCUUCGCCCGCUGCAAGCAGUCACCCGAGAGCUUCUCUGGUGCACUUUCGCUUGGCUUCGUCAACGGUCUUAAUUCUCAACAGCCGCAGAGAAAUGAUCGGCCAGACGUUUUCACCGCGCGGAAUCUGUAUACUCAGAAUACUCUCCACAACCACUUCGCUUUUUAUUGUCUACGAGGAACUGCUAUGA